AUCUGGAGAGACAUCUACAAUAAAAUAGGCAAAAAUUUAAUGAUAUUAAACUAUUAAACGGUAGAAAAAUGAAAAAAAAAAACGUCGAAGAUAGUAUAAUACCAAUUAUGCUUGCUUUCUGUUUUGUUUCAUCCAUCAAACCACAGAGGUUUGAUUGCCAACGAUUGCCAUAAAGAGAAGAAGAAAUUUUCAUCGCUCAAAGUCAAAGUAACUGAAGACUUGGCUGUAUGGCGAAUGCCUUUGCCUUUUCCUGCAAGAGGAAAGAACGAAACCAAAAAAAAAAAAAAGUCAAAGUAAAGUCGUCAACUGUACCUAUUUUUAUUAUUGAAAUUAAUAAAAAAUUUAAAAUGGACAAAGAAUUGACAAAGAGCAAGCCUCUUACAAAAGAGGAGACGAAGGCUUUACUUCAACUCAUAGAAGCCAGCAAAGUCAUUACCAACAAAUGCACAAACGCCACGAAUAACAAAGUUAAAACUGAAGAGUGGAAUCAAAUAGCAGUAAACUUUAAUGCUUCGGCAGCAUCAUUUUGUCCACGUACGCCGCAGCAACUGCGUUUAAAAUGGGAAAAUCUAAAGAAAAAUGCUCGUAAACGUAGCACACAAAUUCGAAUGAACAGACUGAAGACUGGUGGAGGAGCUGGUGAUUACGUACCUCCUGAUGAAAUACUUGACCGGGUUUUAAGUUUACUAGGGAGUACGGCCAGCGGUUUCGAUGUGCCAUUUGGAGGAGAUAGAUGUUAUGAUUACGGUGAAGCUACUACCAAUGGUGAAGCUAAAGAAAACUUAACCCCAAAAUCCACUUCGGAAAGUGGUGAGACUUCAGGUAGUGAGGUCCCGGUACCCAGCUGCAGUGCCCAGGUGCUUGCGCUGAAUGAUCUUAUUAUGCAUGAUGCUGAUAAUAAGGAUAUUGCGGGAAAAGAAAAUCCUAAGAAACUCUCAGAUUAUAUUCCAAAAAAAGGUAAAUUUAAAAGGCAAGGCAAUAAUCCCUAUAUUCCUCAUCCUAGUAAGGUGGAAAAAGACCUUGCCAUCGCUGGGUAUUUCAAUACUAAAAAAAAGUGUGUAGAGGAGAAGCUGGAGUUUUUUAUACUAACGAAUGAAAACUUAAAAUUAGAAAAUGAAAAACUUAAGCAAGAAAUAGAAAAUAUGAAAAAUAAAUAACAAAUAUUAAUUUUUAAUUAAUCACUGUUAAAUUAGAAAAUGAAAAACUUAAGCAAGAAAUAGAAAAUAUGAAAAAUAAAUAACAAAUAUUAAUUUUUAAUUAAUCACUGUUAAGCUAGUGCAAUUUAGUUUUUUUUUGUA